GGUUCUGUGUGUGACUGUACUUGUGCCGUGCCGCACUCUCAUCAGCAACAUGGCUGCUGUUGCGGACGAAGUUAAGAAAACCGAGGCUGAGGCCCUAAAUGAUGAUGGUGGAGAGGAAGAAGUUGAAGACGUAGAAGAUGCCGCUGAACCCGGAAAGAAGAAAAGGAAAAGGAAAAAGAGGAAGAAGGCUGGUGCAUCUGAAGAUUCAUCAGCUGCCCCUGAUGCAGUUGCUGAAAAACUUGCUUCUGUUCAGCUGAAUGGUGCUCAAAAUGGGGAAACAGAGGAGGGAACAGAGGGUGGUGAAGCUCAAAAGAAAAAGAAAAACAAAAAGAAGAAAGGGAAGAAAGUACAAACUGAUCCCCCCACUAUCCCCAUUUGUGAACUGUUUUCAGAUGGAGUCUAUCCUAUCGGUCAAAUAAUGGACUAUCCAACAGUUAAUGACUCUAGAACAGCGAAGGAUAGGUUCACCAAUGAAGAGAAAAGAGCUCUAGACCGAUCUGAAAGUGACAUUUAUAAUGAAGUGCGCCUUGCUGCUGAGGCUCACCGUCAGACUCGCAAGCACAUGCAACAAUGGAUUAAACCUGGUAUGACCAUGAUUCAAAUUUGUGAAGAGUUAGAGAACACUGCCAGGAAACUUAUCAAGGAAGAUGGCUUGAAGGCUGGCCUUGCAUUUCCAACUGGCUGCUCACGUAAUCAUUGUGCUGCACAUUACACUCCCAAUGCUGGGGAUCCAACUGUUUUGGAGUAUGAUGAUGUUACUAAGAUUGACUUUGGAACCCACAUAAAUGGGCGCAUUAUUGACUGUGCAUUCACUCUUUCUUUCAAUCCUAAGUAUGACAAACUCAUUGAGGCUGUCCGUGAUGCCACUAAUACAGGAAUUAAGGCUGCUGGCAUUGAUGUACCUCUAUGUGAAAUUGGUGCCGCUAUUCAAGAAGUUAUGGAAUCAUAUGAAGUAGAACUUGAUGGGAAGACUUAUCAAGUAAAAUCUAUCAGAAAUCUGAAUGGACACUCUAUAUCACCAUAUCGUAUUCACGCUGGUAAAACUGUUCCAAUUGUGAAAGGGGGUGAGGCAACUGUCAUGGAAGAGAAUGAGUACUAUGCUAUAGAGACUUUUGGCUCCACUGGUCGAGGGCAGGUGCAUGAUGACAUGGAUUGCUCACAUUACAUGAAAAACUUUGAUGCUGGAUAUAUGCCUCUUAGGCUUCAAUCAUCUAAAUCAUUGCUUAGUGUAAUCAACAAGAAUUUCUCAACUCUAGCCUUCUGUAAGAGGUGGUUGGACCGGGCUGGCUGUACAAAAUAUCAGAUGGCUCUUAAAGACUUGUGUGACAAAGGCAUUGUUGAUGCCUAUCCUCCCCUCUGUGAUGUGAAAGGAUGCUACACUGCUCAGUUUGAACACACCAUUAUGUUACGACCGACUUGCAAGGAGGUUGUCAGCCGUGGGGAUGAUUACUAGCUUCUGUGGUUGAUUAACCAUUUUGUUAUUCAACUUGUUCUGUUCAUAAACUAAGGUACCAAGUUUUCUUGAUGUCAACUUGUCUGCUUAAUCCUGUAGGCUGACAAAGGGAUAUUUGCUCACACACAUAAUUCUAGAAUACAGAUUUUUAUCAUUUUGUAAGCAAGCAUGUAUGAUAAAAAAAUAUUCUGCUAUGAGAUGACUUAAAUUGCGGCUCUGUGUAUUGAAGCACAUGCAAUGAACUUCAAACUUUAUUACACAUUGCAUGUCUGUCAUUUUGUUGUUAAAUAAAUUUGAAUUACUGGCCA